AUGUCCACCCCCAACGAUCUGCAAGCCCUCCUGGCCAGCAUUCGGCCGAGGCCAUCGCCACCUAAUGCUCCUGGCCAGGAGCAUAUCCAUCAGCAACGGUCCCAGCAGCCAUACCCGCCAGGCAUGUUCCCGCCUCAUCCGCAGCAUCCACCGCACCCGCCGCCGCCCUAUGAUGGUCCGAGCUAUCCCCAUCCCCAGGUGCACGGUUAUCACCACCCUCAGGUCGCGUCGGCGAUGCAUAGUCCUUCUCCCUUGAACACGCCGCCUCACCAUGGCUCCGAUAUCAUUAGCCCCAACGUGCCCUCUCCUUACCCCGAAUGGGCUCAGCAGCCACCGCCGCCGCCGCAGCACCAGCACCAGCACCAGCACCAGCACCAGCAGCAACAGCAGCAGCCAAACAACCCUGACCGUGCGGCCAACCUGCUCAACCUGUUGAGAUUUAGCCAAGGUUCUGGCGCUGUUCCUCAGCCUGCUGCUCCUGCUCCUGCUCCGGAACAAGCUCGCUACCCGCCGGCCCAGGAGCUGGGUGACGAGUCCGAGGCUCAAGAGGAACCGCGUGGACACUACGUUAAUAUGUUGAUGGAUAUGCUCGGUGCCGGCCCUAAGGCCCCAGUGACUGAGGAGACUCAGUCGGUUUCGCCCCAGGCCCAGGCUGACCCUACCGAGCCCCUGAUUCAGGAAGCUGCCGACUCUACUGUGGAAUUUGAGGAUUCUAGUUCUGAGCAAGCUGCGCAGCCGGAGACGGUCGCAGCAGCCUCAGCCUCUAACAAUUCCAUCUUCACUUAUAGCAACCCAUUUGACCAGCUUGCUGCUAUCUCCCCUCGCAACAAGUCUCCACAGCCCCCAUCGGGUGGUGAGACCCCAGCUGCCGAGGUCGUGGAGAAGACCACUGUUCAUGUCACCGCCAACUUGGAUGCUCCAGAAGCUUCCGAGCCAGCGAAGCCCAAGAAGAAGCGGAACCAGGAGCCUAUUCUGGAACCUGAGCAGCGCCAGGCAGUCAAUGAUGUCGUUGGUCGCCUCGUGGAUGAAAUUGGUCGCUCUCUUAGCGCAAGCGAGGCCCAGCCAUCACCCGAGCCAGAAGCUGUCUCUUCCCCUACAGAGGAGGAGACAACUCAGGAAGUUCUCUCCUCGAUCGCCAGUAACCUGCGGGAAACCGCACCUGAAGCGAAAGAGGCCGCCGAUUCAGACGAAUCGAUCAAGGAGGCUGCUGCUGUUGCUACUGCUGCUGCUGCCACAGCCACGGUGCUUCUCAAUGCCAAUGAAAACACCGACGCCCUUGCUGAUAGCUGGGAGAGCGCCGAGGAUAGUGCCGAGAAGGAGGAAGAGCGCAUUGUUUCUGUCCACAACUUCCCCCUGAAGCCUUUCAUCUCGAUCAAUGUCAAGCCGCAAUCUGGAAAGUUUGCGGUUUUCCGCGACGACGGUAUUAUGGAUAUCGCUCGUCUCAAGAAGGACUUUGAUCAGCUGGAUCGCUCCCUGACGGCUGCUACUUCCGAGUACAUUGUAUACGCUCUCGCGAAGACUGGCGGUAUUAGGAUUAUUCGCCAGGAUGAUGGAAGUGACCGUCAGGUCUUCCGUUCUACCCGGGACCGUGUGUUUAACGCUAUUCUUGGCAUCGGUGUCAGCGGUACCGUCUAUUGGGCGUUGAUCUCGCGCCAUGCGAAGGACCUGUUUGAGUUGGAUGCAUUGGAGAGCGAGAGCCUGAUCUUCCCUCCAUUCCCGGCCUCUGACGAGAAUACCUCUGGCGGCCAGCUGAAAACGCGAGCCAAGCGGAGCACUCGUCACCCCGACUUGUUCGCCAUCGGGCGCGGCAAGAACAUCUACGUCGUUUCUCCCCAGGCUGCAAUGAACGCCAGCUACAGUGUGACUGGAUCUCAGCGCACCGUCAACACUGAGAAGUUCUUCAAAGAGCGUGCCCUGAAGAUUUCUACCGGUAAGGCCGGUAAGGACUUUGCCUUCAGUGAAGAUGACACUGUGAUCGCCUCCCUGGACAAGACAGGCCGUCUUCGCUUCUGGGAUAUCCGUGAUUUCCUGGCAAGCGCUAGCGUUGUCGAGGGUCCUGCUCCGAAUGAGGUUCGGGUGCCCUUGAACACAUUCGUGACAGGCUCCCCCGCCGAGAAGUCCUGGCCUACCUCGGUGCUUUUCCUUGACAAGCUUCGCGCCUACUCGCGCUCCAUGGCGCUGCGCUAUGUCCUGGUUGGACUCAAGCAGAACCACACCUUGCAGCUCUGGGAUAUUGGGCUUGGCAAGGCUGUGGAGGAAUUGAAGUUCCCUCAUGAGAACGAGUCGGAUGCUAUCUGUAGCGUCGCCUACCAUCCCUCUUCGGGAAUUAUUGUUGUUGGACACCCUACCCGCAACUCGAUCUACUUCGUCCACUUGUCUGCGCCGAGAUACAACCUGUCGCCCAUGUCACAGGCGACCUACAUCAAGGCUAUCGCCGAGAAGGACAGCACUUUGCCCAAGCCCGACUCGACUGCAUGCCUGAGUGGAAUUCGGGAGAUCUCUCUCGGUUCCAAGGGCCAGUUGAGAAGCUUGGAGCUCCUUCCGGUCACGAAGAAUACCACCGAUAAGCGAGGACAUGAGGAGACUGGCCUGUUCGAGCUGUAUGUUAUGCACUCGCGAGGAGUAACCUGCCUGAACAUCAAGAAGGAGGACCUGGGAUGGACCUCUGAUAAUAAGGUGAUUCGUCCAGUAGACGGUCUCGAGGAAGGCACUAUUGAAAUUACCGACCUCCAGUCGUUCCCAAGCUACGUCACUGAUGAUCCCUCGGUCAACGGUGACGCUGCUUCUAAUCCUUCUAGAACUUCCAAGGAGCCCACGAAGAAGACUGACCUUGUUGACUCCGCUGCUGGUGUGAUUGCGUCCCGUAAUGCGUCGCCCACCAAGACUCAGAAGAAGGAGCAGGCUGAGAAUGUGCCUGUCCCUGUGUCUGCGCCUGCACCUAACGGAGCCGAGAAGACCGAGAAGGUAGACAAGAAAAAGAAGAAGAAGAGUGUUUCUGCCUCCUCCGCCAUUUCCGAGGCAACCGUCAAAGCGAAGGAGCCAACUGCGACUGUCGGUGUUGAGCCCCUUCCCACUGACAACUCUCACUCUUCUGGAAACACUUCUACUGUAUCGAUGGCUCCUUUCUCUCUUGAUAAACAUCUUGAGGUUCUUCAGAACACCGUUUCCCAACAGUUCAACCAGAGCUUGGGUCGUGAAAUGGAGGGUGUGAUGAGUCGCUUCGAUGAGGAGCGCCGCAGCUGGGAUGCUGCCACCUCCGCAAAACAGGAUCAAGUCCUUCGUCUCGUUUCCAGCACUCUGUCGGACAAUGUUGAGAAGAAUCUCGCCCGCAUUGUUUCUGAGAGCAUCAAGACUGAUGUCCUUCCUGCUGUCACCGAUGCCACUUCCGCCGCCGUUGAGAAGCAACUGAAUUCCGUCGUCUCUCGGCAAAUCAGUAGCUCUAUGAAGAAUGAGAUCCGAGAGGCCCUUCCCCAGGCCCUUCCCAGGGCUGUGAUGAACGCUAUGCCUGCUGUCAUUAAGGCUGCCUCGGAAAACCUCGCACAGCAUGUCGGUCCUCUCAUUGGGGCUGAGAUCAACAAGGCUCUGCAGAGCUCCAUUUUCCCCAUGAUCGAAGACAUGGCACGCGGUACCAAGAAGCUGGAGAGCGACAUGGAACGCCACUUCCAAUCCCAGAUCAAGCAGUUGGAAGCGCAGCGCCGAAACGAUCAGGCGAAGAUGGAUGAGCUGUCGGCCAUGCUCCGAACCCUCUCAAGCACCGUCAACACCCUUGUUGCCAACCAGGGCCAGGCCCAGGUUCGCCAGAAUGAGCACCCCAGUGCCAGACAGGCCCCGCAACCCCGCCCUGAGAAUCGCGCGCAUACUCCCCAGCGACCAGUGAACCGAAGCACCCCUCAGCCUACUGGCCCUGCUCCCCCUGUCGCCCCUGUCGCCCCUGUCGCGGCACCUCCAGUUCCUACUCAGCCUCCUGUUCAGGCCCAGGCCCAUUCCCAGGCCCCUACUCCCGCUCCUGCUAUUCCCACACCGGAACAAGCCGAGCUGGCAGAGAUCACCCGGAUGUUCAGUGCGAACAAAGUGGAAGAGGCAUCGAUCAAGUGGAUUCAAUCCAGCCAACAGGCCGAUCUGUUCGACAACUUCUUCAUUCGCGUCAAUCCCCAGUUCCUAACCAGCCUCUCUGCCAUUGUCAUGCUCUCGAUUGGUGUGGCAGUUACAUCAUCUCUCUCAACCAACGUUGGCCCCCGUCUGGGAUGGCUUAACGUGGUGCUCACCAAUGUGAACCCCAUGGACAACGACCUGCGUGAAAUUACUCCCAACAUUAUGAACAUUCUCGGACAGCGCUUGAACAACCUGUACAUGGCAGUCGCAGAGCGCAACCCGCAGGACCCGAUUCUCCGCAUGAUCGCUCCUCUGUCCCGUCGUACCCGCGAACUGCACGGUAUCUAA